GCUAAUUAGAACUUACAAAAAAAAACUGUCACGUUGAAAUUGGGCUUUACUAACGCAUUGGGGAUGGAUAGAGCCCAAAGCAGAACCCGGAAAUAGGCCUAGACUGACGUCAACUGAACUUCACCGUUGAUCGAUCUGGAAACGAUUCCCGGCAGAUGGAAUCGGAAAAGCCUUCGGAAGAAUCAGGACCUCCUCAGGCACGGCGAUCCGCGGCGGACCUCCACCAACAGGUUCAUGAAGAGAGCUCCGCUACUCCCACCUCCGAACAAGAAGAAGAAGAAAGCUCAAGCAUUAGUAAGCAGAGCGAAGAUUCGGGAAAACCCGCACCGGUGACCCAAGGCAAGGAGAUUCUGAAAGCCAUCGAAGUGGUUGAGAGGGACUCUGUUGCUAUUGCUCAAAGCUUCACCUCCCUCUUUGCUUCUCUCCGUUUAGCUCUCUCUCAGGUUACAAGUACUUCAGUUGAUCACAUGAGUUGCUUCAGUGACGCAGCUGGUCGUCUUCAGGAGUCCGCCCUUGAUGCAGCAACAAAAGGGAAUCGCUAUAUCAAUUCCUGUCUCAGAUUAAACGAGGAAAUGAAGGGAAUUGACAAUCUUGCCUCACAGUUGUAUCCUUUCUUAACAUCUAUCUGAAUAUUUUCUUAACGUCUAUCUGGUAAAUGGUAAAUGUUUCCAAAUCAGAGGUAUGCUUGAACCAAUCUGUCACCUUUUGUAUCUAGUCUUGCAUGACUGCUGAUCUUAGUGAGUGAAAUUUUGUUAGUUACAAUCGCCUUCAACAUGCUUUAUCUGUAGAGGGCAUACAGUUUACAACCUUCCAUUCUGCAUUCUCAACACAAUGCAAUCCAAAAAAUCUCCUUAAUUCUUUUGAAGAAAAGUCUUGAGGAGGAAUGUAGAUGCCUUGGACGCAGCUGUAAAUAGGAUAGUACCAUGACUUGAUCAAUCUGACGAACGACAGCUUCUCGAAGUGUUCAUUACUUGGCAGAUGCAAUGCAGGAAUUCAGCAGAAAAAUGUGCUUCUUUCAACUCUUCUGGGUGGUUCCGACAAGGAAACAUGAUCUCUUAGAAUCUUGAUCCUCUCUACCUUUUGAUGUACAGCUUAUUUUUCAUGUGUAAUUUUGUAAGGUAUGGGGGCUUUUGAUAUGUAGCCAUUUUAUGGAACUGGAACCAACACAUCGCUUAAACAAUCUAUGCGGCCUAUGGGCGCCGGGCGCCUUAAUAGAGCAUAUCAUUUAAACCAAAGUGGCCCAUGAAUAAUUUUAGCCUUAUAAACAAGUUACUUGAUUAUAUACAUUUGUUAGCCAUAAAAGUGAUGAUAAGCCAUUGGAUGUGGCUUUCAAUGUGUCAAAAUCGAACAAAUAGCCCGAUAAUAGUAUCUUAUAAUCCCUAUAUCCCAAAAUUAUAUUGUCCAAUUUGAAU